AUGAAUCACUACAGCAGUAGACCGGGAUUCCAAUUUGUCACGUACCGCAUGGCCAGGUCUGCGCACCUGGUCACGCUCCAAGGUGUGAGCUUGCUUUUUUCGAUGCUCGUCACCGUGAACGAUGCCACCACCAUCGUGUGGGACAGCGGGCUCGACUGGUUCUGGAUAUCUCUGCUGCUCUUCUUCGUCUCGCCUGCGUUGUUCGGGAGCUACAUCUGCCGCGCGCUCCGCCUGGCAGUGGUUUUCAAUCCGAGGGCGAAGCGUGCGCUGCCGUGGCUCAUCCCGGAGCGCAACUACCUGGCGGUGCUGCUGCUCGCAAGCAUAGGAAUACUGGCAAUCCCCAUCUACCAAGAGUACACCUUGGAGGUCUGGGACGCCAUUCCGAAACAGACCAGCAUCCUGAAGACGCAGGCCCGCGUGUUAGCGGUGAUGCUGGUUUGCAUUUACCCUUUCAUCAGGAACGUUGACGACCUCUUCAAUAUCAGCAAGGAGCUCAUUACUGUCACUGUGACUAUCGCGGUCGUCACAUGUGAGGCCCACAGCUUCGUCCACCGUAGCACCCACGUAGAGUCUUGUUUACAGCAACACGUCCCACCUACCACCAAACGAUUUCCGUACCCGAUGUCCCCGUCCAACCUGUCAACGCGCAGUGUCGUGGCUCCGCUGCGCCGCCUAGCGUUGGACCCAUUGGCGGCAACCAAGCGCAACUACGCCGAUCGGGUGCUGCUCAGCCGCACGGAAUCCCACAGCACGAGAUCAGCUUCCGGUAUUUCGCCAGAAAGAGCCGGCGGUUCGUCAAGGAUAGUGGACGACAGCGAGGACGAAGUCGCGUUCGAGGACGAAGAGCUUGGAGGAGUUCCGGGCUUCGACACCACAGCAGCAGCAGGAGUAGGAGGUGGUAGCACCGGCAAGGUCGCCACCUCGGCCGUCGUUGGUAGCGGUGUGAUUACCACAUCCUCCGCCGACGCCAACGGUGCCGUCGCUCCCUGUCCGUGGAAAGGCCGGGAAUUGACUAUUGCGAAUGGAUCGACGUCCGUACCCAAGGGCAGCAGCAGCACUGGCAAGAGGCGUGAUGCCGUGCAGCGGGGGCAAAGGGGGAGGGGUGGCGGCCGUGGCCGCGGUAGUGGUGGUGGCCGAGGCCGUUCGGAUAGAGAGGAAAUGGAGGUGUGGGACUUCGAGCGCCUUGGAAGGACGCCACUCCUGGCGGCUGCGUUCGAGGACUAUUCCAAGAGGGCGCUUUGCCACGAGUCGGUGCUCUUUCUGAGCGAGGUUUCGCGGUACCAGAACGACGACUACGCUACGCCGACAAACGCUGCUGCCGGGACAUGUCCAACUCAGUUCGGCACGUUCUGCUUCAUCACGGACACCUUCAUCAAGGCCGGCGCGCCGGAGGAAGUAAACAUUAGGAAGCUGAUACUCGAGCUAUACCAGAAGGGCGAAGAGUCCUUCGAAGAGGUCAACGAGGAGGAGAGGAGGAUGGUAUUUAAGCGAUCGUACCUUGCGGUGAAGAGCAUGCUGGAAGCCAACCUCCUCCGCCGCUUCCUCAACACGGACCAAUUCAAGAGCGUCAGGAAACAGAGGGAGAACGUCCAGGCCAUGAUGGACUCCCCGCCCCUGCCGGCGGGAGUCGUAGCUGCCUAG